UUACGGUAAAGCCAUGUUUCCUAGGAGGUCAGUACAAAAAGCCAGUCUUCUACGGGCAGUUUCUGGAGAGAUAAGCUUUCCAUCCAUCACAGCCGUUUAUUUUCACUUUGGGAGAUGUUUAUAACAGAAAAGGCUCAAUUGGGAUAUUUAUCAGCUUUUCCUGUUCCUCUGGUGUUUGGUGGGGUCGACAACGGGCAAGGAUAAAAUGAACUGGUCAUCUCAAGAUCAUGGAAAACCUGGACUUGAGGCUCAGGAGUGCCCCCAAUUUUCGUUGUGAGAAGGCAAAUGAUUCUGUCCCUGUGUGCCGCAAGUGUGAAACUUGUAUCUUGGCUUGGAAGAUCUUCUCUACCAAAGAGUGGUUUCGACGGAUCAGUGAGAGAUCACAAAGGAGGUUUUUGGUUAGCGUCCUGAUGCAGUUAGAUAGCUUGUAUUUGUUACACUACUUUCAAAAUAUUCUUCAGCCCACACAGGCGAAGGACUUCAUCUACAGCCGUUCUCGGAUCAUCUUCAGCAAGAAGGAGGGGAAAGUUGUGAAGUCUUCCUUGAACCAAAUGUUGGAUAAAACAGUGGAAGAGAAGAUGAAGGAGAUUUUGUACUGGUUUGGGAAGAGCACCCACCGAACUAAAGCUCAUUACACACUUUUGCUGCUGCAGAUGUGCAACCCCAAAUUACUGCUCACUGCUGCCAAUGUCAUCAGAAUCCUGUGUCUGAGAGAGCGGAACAACAUUGCAGGAGAUGAGCAAGUCUGCAAUGAUAUGCUUUUCUUCCCAGAGAAAUACCCCAACCCCAAGUUUGAGCACUCAUCUGACUACUUUGCAGCCAGAACCAGCCCAACAUCCUUCCCUUUGUCCGCCAUUUCAGGAAAAGAAAACUUGUUUAGAAAUAUUGGGGGAGAACGACCUGAUACUGAGGAACCAUGGAAGAAUUCACUCCAGUGUAUUUCCAAGAUGAAUAGGCUGCCUGCUGGAAAAGCGUACAAAGUCAAGGCAGGGGAUGCCCACCCAAAUCUGUUGGUUGACCUGGAUGCUGUCACAGUCCUUUUUUCUGGGGUCAGCAAAUACCGGGACUUCAUCCGUUACCUGCCCAUCCAUCUCUCCAAGUAUAUUCUAAGCAUGUUGGAUAAAAGCAGCCUGAACAGAUGUGCCUCUGUGAGCCAGCACUGGGCUGCACUGGCACAGCAGGUCAAGAUGGACUUGCUGAUGCAUAACUUCAUUCAGAACCAGAUUACCUUCAUGCAGGGAUCCUACCCAAAGGGGAUAGAUCCUAAUUUUGCCAACAAGCUUUCCAUCCCAGUUCCUAAAAUGGUAGAUGACGGGAAGCGCACACGUGCGAAAAAUCAGAAAUGGAAACUGAGGAUGAAGACUGACUACAACCUGUGGACUGCAUAUCAAGGCCAGGAAACCCAGCAGGUGCAGAUGGAGGAGAGAAAUGUCUUCUGCGGGACUUACAAUGUUCGCAUUCUCUCUGACAAGUGGGAUCAAAACAGAGUCAUCCAUUAUUCCGGGGGAGAUUUGAUAGCCGUUUCAUCAAAUCGGAAGAUCAAACUUCUGAACAUCAUUAAUAUAAAGGAGAUACCCAUCGAGUUCCGUGGCCAUGCAGGGACUGUCCAUGCCCUCAUCUUGUGUGAGGAGGGAAACUUUCUCCUGAGUGGGAGCUACGACCUGAGUAUCAGAUACUGGGAUCUGAAAAGUGGGGCAUGUGUGCGAAUCUUCACUGGCCACCAAAGGACAAUCACUUGCAUGGAUUUAUAUAAGAAGAUCUUUGUAUCUGGAUCAAGAGAUUGCCAGAUAAAAGAGUGGGAUCUAAACACAGGGAAGUGCCUGAAAACGUUUAAACACAAAGACCCUAUCUUGGCUGUCAAGAUCAAUGAUACCUACAUUGUGAGCAGCUGUGAGCGAGGGGUAGUCAAAGUAUGGCACCUUGUCAACACCCAGCUGAUCAAGUCUCUCACUGGACACGAGGGAGCAGUGAAGUGUCUGUACUUUGACCAGUGGCACCUCCUCUCGGGAGGUGUGGAUGGCCUGGUCAUAGGCUGGAGCAUGGUGGGAAAGUAUGAGCGAUGCCUAAUGGCCUUCAAGCAUCCAAAGGAGGUGCUCCACGUGGCCCUUCUCUUUCUCCGGGUCAUCAGUGCCUGUGCAGAUGGCAAGAUCCGCAUUUACAAUUUCCUAAAUGGGAACUGUCUGAAGGUGAUGAAAGUCAAUGGCAGAGGUGAUCCUGUGCUGUCCUUCUUUUUACAGGGCAACAGGAUAUUGAUCAACACGGAGAGCAAUAUUCUCAUGUUCCAGUUUGAGAAUAUAAAGUGGCAGUACUCUCUGGACCGGACCAAGCAAAAGAAGAAGGAUAGAGAGGAAGACAGGGAAGAAAAUGGCCUCAUAGACAGUUCCUCCAAGGCCAGUGUUCAGGUCCACACCCUGAAGGACUCCAUGUCUAGUAAACAAAUAGUGACACUGGACUCCUUGCUGAGCAAACCUCCCAAGUCUCAUGUGCUCCUGAGGACAUUGAAGGCAACUUCUGCAUUAGUAGAGGAACCUCAAAGUCAAGGAAAGUCAAAAUCACCCAGAAGAGACAAGAAGAGUCCUGUUUCUAAGGAAGCACUUGGCAUGAAUUAUGGGCAGGAGAAUUUGGAAGCAAAAUCCAUCGCAGGAGCUGAUACAGAGAAACAAAGACAACUGAACAUUCCUGUAGACUUGGUCAAUUACUCAAAGAAAAGGUCCUGGCAAGUCCCUAUGUCUCCUGAUCGGUUCCUCCUGACUGUCAAUGCCUUGCAGCAAGCCCAUAGUUCAGGGAAGUUUGCCUAUCCCGGUAGGCCCCAAACCCAAGUCAUUGAUGCCUGGGGGCCUUCAAUUCCAUACCCAAGGAAGGUCCUGAGUUUGAAGGGAAAAUCAGUCCAACAUGAAGUUGAUAGGUUAAGAAUCAGCAACCCUCCCAUAGAUGUGAAACAAACCAAUACACCCCUGGAAAUCCAGAAACUGCAACCCAACUUGAAGAACUCUUUGCAAAGUCCCCAAGUCCAGUCCACCAUACCCCAGCCAGUGAUUAUCCGUUCCAGGUUCUCUGGUAAUUUAAAGGGUGAAGACGGGGCAACCAGUUCAGUUGAUGGGACAGUGCGCAGCUUCAACCCCUUAACCAGUAUGCAGGUCAUUAAAACAAACCGCAUGCUGGCUCCACCGGUGGGCACGACAGUCCAGCCUGUCAAGAAAGAAUGGCCUCGCAACUGUAUGGCCCUUAACCCCUUCCGAAUGAACACCGAGUUCCUAUUGUUGACUGUGAAGGAAGAGAGUGAGUAUAGGGAAGCCAAGAUGAAGGAAUAUCAGGCUGCAAAGCCCACUGAAGUGAUCAGUCCAGAAAAAGCCAGCAGAGCUGCAUGGAUCAGGAAAAUCAAAGGCCUGUCUAUAGAUAAUUUCAUGAAGCAAGGAAAAAUCGCAGCUCCUGAACUUGGACAAAACAUAUUUAUCUGAACCAUCCUUGGGAAAUCAUAACGUCUUACAAUAAACAGAAUACCAAGUGGAUGUUGGUGUUUGGCU